AUAAAAGGGCUUUAUCUUGUGGACAUUUACAUCUUGUUGGAUUGGAGAGUUCCAGCAAGUCCAGAAUCACUGACAAGUAUUAGCCACUUGCAAGAUGCUGAAGAUUACUGUGUUACUUUUUACCCUGGUGUUAACCCCAGGAUUCUGUGAAGACUACUGGUACAGAAGCUGCAAUGACAUUAAAGCAGCAAACAAAUAUGCUAUGGAUGGGAUAUACACCCUCAUCACCAAUAACAAUGAGUUGUAUCAUACAUUCUGUGACAUGACAACCAACGGUGGAGGUUGGACCUUAGUGGCCAGUGUCCAUGAGAACAAUUUGUAUGGGAAAUGCACAGUAGGAGAUCGUUGGUCAAGUCAGCAGGGGAACUCGAUUAACUACCCAAAUGGAGACGGCAACUGGGCGAACUACGCCACUUUUGGGCAAGCGGUGGGAGCAACCAGUGAUGACUACAAGAAUCCAGGUUAUUAUGACAUUCCAGCCAAAGACGUGAGCUUGUGGCAUGUGCCCAAUGAGACUCCACUUUCAAAAUGGAGAGAAGCAGCUCUGUUGAGAUAUCGCACACAAAAUGGUUUCUUAACCAAUGAGGGUGGGAACCUCUUCCAGCUUUACAAGAAAUAUCCAGUGAAAUACAACGUUGGUAACUGCUUGACCAACAAUGGUCCUGCUGUUCCAGUUGUAUACGACUAUGGAGAUGCUGAAAAGACGACCAACUACUACUCUCCACUUGGGAAAAAUGAGUUUACUGCUGGAUAUAUCCACUUUCGUGUCAUUAAUAGUGAAAAGGCUGCUCAAGCUCUUUGUCCGGGGGUGAAGGUGACUGGGUGUAAUACUGAACAUCAUUGCAUUGGAGGAGGAGGCUUCUUUCCAGAGGGUAAUCCCCUACAGUGCGGAGAUUUCACAGCUUUUGACUGGAAUGGAUAUGGUACUCGUAUUGCAUGGAGUGCCAGCAAGGAGAUCACUGAAUCAGCUGUGCUCAUUUUCUACCGCUAAUAUGAAUAUUGUCUUGGUGCCUUGCA